AUGGACGGAGAACCGUUCAUAGCAGACGUCAGGGUGAACGGCACAGACUUCGUGCCAUCUCUUGUCGACUAUGGCUGCCUCUGCUACGGCGCGGUUAGCAAGCGCACAUUUCACUCUCUCCAGUUGCCACAUAUACGCGUCCAGCCGCGCAUCUUGGAGAAUGCAGCGGGAGACGGCAAGGAGGUCAAAAUCGACAAGAUCACGUAUGUGUCGAUCGACCUCGAUGGACAUCAGCAGCAUCGUGUUUUCAUGUACGUCAUCGACGAUCUGAACUGGGAUAUGAUCCUGGGUAAACGAUGGAUGGAAGACCAGGAUGUUCACAUCCAUGCGAAGGAAGGAUAUCUCGAGAUCGGGUCCAAUGGAGUUCAAUACCACAAGUGGUCUCGAGCUUUCUCUCAGCAACUGGCCGACCAGCUGCCCCUCAUCGGCCAGCCCCUACCCUGGGGACCGCUUUACAGCAUGUCCCGCGAGGAGCUAUUGGUACUACGGAAGACUCUCACAGAACUACUCGACAAGGGAUUUAUUAGAGUCAGCAGCUCGCCAGCCGCGGCACCAGUCCUUAUGGUGAAGAAGCCCGGCGGAGGCAUCCGCUUCUGCGUGGAUUACAGAGCCAAGGCAAGGUGGUUCACCAAGGUAGAUGUUAUAGCAGCGUUCCAUAAGAUCAGGGUCGCCCCCGGCGACGAGGAAAAGACAACUUUCAGAACGCGCUAUGGAUCCUUCGAAUGGCUGGUAGUUCCAUUCGGCCUGACAGGCGCACCAGCAGCCUUUCAGCGGUACAUUAACAGCGCGCUCCAGGAUUACCUAGACGAUUUUGUGUCAGCAUAUAUCGACGAUGUCCUGAUCUUCUCCUCUGGAAGCCUGCAAGACCACCGCGACAAGGUCGGCAAGGUCCUCCAACGACUGAUGGACGCCGGGCUGCAACUGGAUAUCAACAAGAGUGAAUUCGAAGUCAAGGCUGUGAAAUACCUUGGGUUUAUCAUCGAGGCGGAGUGUGGGAUCCGAGUCGACCCUGAGAAGGUUGAGGCUGUGAAGGAAUGGGCAACCCCGACGAAUGUUAAGUCCGUGAGGAGUUUUAUUGGAUUCGCGAACUUCUACAGGAUGUUUAUGCCAGAGUUCUCGCCUUCGAAGCUCAAGGACUUGUUGAUCACGGCUGAUCCUUGCACACUUCCAUCCAGAAAGGAGACUAUCGUGGAAGCAGACGCUUCAGGAUUCGCGUCGGGAGGCAAACAUUCGGCAGCCGAAGCGAACUACGCUAUCCAUGACAAGGAGCUACUCGCCAUUCUCAGAUGUUUGGAGCAGUGGGAACCAGAGCUACGGGCAGUAGAGCACUUCAAGAUCCUAACGGACCACAAGAACCUGAGGUACUUCUACUCGGAAAGGAGGUUGACAGAGAGACAAGUGCGGUGGUCGGAGUUCCUGUCCAGGUUCCAAUUCGAGCUCGAAUGGAGGCCGGGCCGCAAGGGCGGAUUGCCUGACGCACUCUCGACGGGACCAGGAUAUGCCGGCCAACUACUCCGAUGA